CGCAGUAGCGCAGACAGGCGCUGGGCAAGGACAUAAGGAGAGUGACACUUGUGUAACGUUGACAACAUAUUCAUAUUCUUUCUAAAUCACACAAAAAUGAGCGUCAAUCCGAUUUGGAUACACUCUCGCAUCUCUGCACAGUGAGCUGACGCUCCACAGCAUUUCAUCAGAUUCACGGAGGACAGGUUAGGUUUUGAAGGACAAAAGUUUAGGUCUCUGUGAAUGGGUGAGUAACCAGAGGCAGCGGUGGAUGGGAGUGUUCACGUUUCCUCCUCUUUGAGUAGCUUGAUGAUGUCAUCUUACUGAGACUCCAUCGAGGUCACCUCAGCACCCUGACUUGAAUGGCUGUGUGCAGAGGGGGUGUCUCUCUUUGGGUGGGGUGUGCCAGGAACCAUGGCAGCAGACAACCAAUGACGAAACAGUGCUGGAAUUUAUGUCAGACAACCGAAUUUCACUUGAUUGACAACUGUAGGACUCUGAGCAGUGCAUCAUGGAACUUGGCUCCUCCAAACAGUCUACGUUACCUGUCCAUUAAACAGCCAUCCCUGUCCCAUCCCUUCCACCAUGCGUGCCAGCCGAACCGAGCAGCCAGCCUAGAGGAGGAGGAAUGGGAGGAGGCGAUUAGCUUGCCUGUCCUGCUCAAACCCGGAGAGACCGAUGAGCAGCACACCGUGGUGGAAGUGCCCUUUCUUGGGCCGGCCAAACUAAGUGAGCUCCUUGCUUUGGGACCCAACAGACCAUUUGACUUGCUUUUUCCUUUAACCACUGUUGAUGGAAGCAGAGAGGAUGAUAUUAGCAUUAUCGGAAAGGAUGGGACUGAGCAAAACCAGCUGAUGGAAAGAGGCUCCUUCAGGAGUCUGUUUGAGACCGAGGGAUGCCCUGCACCUUUUAUGUUUGGAUCUCGCUUCUAUUGCUUUCACUGCCCUGGGAUGGAGUCUGUCUCAGAGAUUGGGGUCAAACCAAGAAAGGGACAGGAUGAGCAGAGUAUCUAUCCGGCCCUCAAUGUCACGCAUUACAGCCAUGCUGAGACUGAGAGAGUGGACAAGAGCUCUAGCCAGAGAGACAUGGAGAAUGAGGAGAAACUGGCCCUGAUGCAUGAAAAGCUGAGGGUGGAGCUUCCCAGUUUCUUUGUGAAAAAUCAUGACUACAGCAUAUACUCUGAAGAUGUUGAGUUCAUCAAUGGCCUUCUGAACACCAAAACAAGGGGUCGUGUAGCGUACCAGCUGACUCUGAUGCUUUGGCGAUUGAUGUGUCAGUGUUACUAUGCAGAGGCUCAGCUGGAAGUGCUGAAGCUGACCAAGCAUCCAGAAGACAGCUCCAUCAAAGCUCGCUGGAGAGUCAAAGGCCUGCCCUUCCACUCCAUUCUGAUCUUCUUCUACAAGAAAGACAAGAGCCACCUCUACAGAACAUAUGACGCAUUCUCCACCUUCUAUGUUGGCUCUGAUGGACGAAUACAUAGGCAUAAAGUUGAAAAGGUUAUGGAGGCUCGUCCUCCCUUGCUGCCCAAAGUGACCUCAGUACUGGCCGGGGCUCUGGUGGCGCUGGGCAUUCAGGAACACCGGCCCGCCCUCAACCUACUCCUACUUCUGCUGUCUUCCCUCCGACAGCCCCAAGCCUGAGAGUGUGGAUGCGUUUGGUCACACCAUUAAAAAGACUGAAAAAGAUGCAGCGCUGUAUUGUGUGGGUUGAGUGAAUGAGAUGUUGGUAACCAGUUUUUUGGGGGUAAAUCCGCAGGAACAAGAACAAACGAGUUAAAACUGUUCUCACUUGAAACAAUCUUUGUGCGCUCUUUAAUUUCCAUUGUUUGAAUAUCACCAAACUGGUUUGAAUCGUAACAGGUUUCAGAGACUAAUACAUGAGGGCAUCACUAACUAGGAAGUUAACUAACGCACAACUCUUUAACAAACAGGUUUUGAUGUCCCAGUACAUUACUGUACAGGUAUAUUCAGUGCCAUCUGUAAAUACAUUCAGGCAGCUCGGCUGUAAAACUGGCUUUUGAAGCACAUGCCAGAUAAAAGGUGAAGAUGGUUCAGCUCACAUUCACAGUAAUAAAUCAACAGAAAGAUUGGUCCUGAUUUUUAAGUCUUGAUCAGCUUACAUUGUAAUAAUUCAUUAUAUAUUUUUUUGUAUUUAUAUAUUAAUUGGAGUUUUCAUCAGUUGCAUUGGUUUAAAUGUUGUAGAGGAAGGUGCCUGAAAACCAGCUGUUUCCUUUAGUAGCAGAACUCAAUGAAUGUCUUUAGAGUUGCUGCCUUUUUGGUGACCUUUAAGGGAAAGUGAUGCCAGGGACUGCCUUUGAGUGUAGAGAGUUUAGUUUCCUGUCUGGACUUGUUCGUUUGCCCGUACCUUCCUUAUUUGAAUUGUUUUCAAUGUGCAAGACACAUGGUAUAAAUUCUCAGCCAAUAUGGCUCCCUGCAUAAAUACAUUGCCAAAUCUGCACUAGUCUUGCCCUGCCGUCCAUGUAAAUUAAGUCCACACUUAUUCGAAAGACCCAUGCUUUCAAUUCUUUUCCCAUUGAAAUAUGUUCAGAAGUGUAUUUGCAUCUGCAAAGCAACGCGUUGGUUAUUUUUCUCCAGGUUAAUUGGUCACUUUAGCUCAGUAAUGACUGGCAAUGCAUUUGGUGUGGUAACACAUGCUCUCCUCCCAGUCUGUUUUAACAAGAACACUUUCAACUGCUUGAGCUUCCUGUGGUAAAGACAUAGACCAGACACUUUAAUGGACUUCCUGUGUCCCAAAGCAGUCAGAACACAUCUGUCUCAAAUGCUUGCGCUUUUAAAUGGACAAUAAAAGCAUGAAACGCUGUCACUCCACAAUAUGUGCAAUUCAAAUCCGAAAGGUCAGAACCUGUUAAAGCAAUUGUUCUGGUGGUUAAUUUUGUGCUAAUUACCCAAAAACCUGUUUGAAUGUGUUGUGUGACAAAUAAAUGCAUACUGACCGA